GAGGGUUUCAAACUCCACCUGCGAAAGCUCUCACCCACUCAUCUUUUUUACCACUGUAAAUCUUUACUAAAUGACCGCUAGAAACAAUGGGUCUAAGCUAACACAGCCCACUGUCCUCAUUGUGUCCCUGUAUCAACUUAGCAAUUAACUUAGCACAGUUCAACUUAGCACAGUUCAACGCUGCACAGCCUAGCGAUCAAUGCGUUUUAAACCAAACCUCUUUGCCUCUCUCUCCGCGUCUUUUUUCCUUGGAUAGUUUAUCGUCAUUUUAUCAUCUUAUUUUGUAUUAUCAGCUAUCUAGAUUUUUAGUUUGAGUCUGUUUCCUUGAUCCUCUCGCUUUCUCAAACUACUGCAUAUACAAAAUAAAUCAUCAUUCGAUUUACCACUUGAAUUUCCGUCUGAUCCGUUUAUCUUUUUUCUUUUUCUUUUUUUGGCUGGCCAAAAGGAAUUCGAUACUUUAAAAGAAAGGUUCAAUCAACCUUACAACUAGAACCUAUAACUACCUCAAUUAAGAUAUUCCUAUCGCAACAAUGCAAUUCUCCACCAUCUCCCUGUCCCUCUUCGUCGCCUUCGCUGCGGCUCAGAACUCUACGCUUCCGGAUCUGGUGUCACAAUUACCGUCAUGCGCCUCAAGCUGCCUAGACAGUUCUUCCAAAUCUGCUGGAUGCGCGUCGACAGAUUUUGCGUGCCUUUGCAGUGAAGAUAAACGGCAGUCCUUCAUUAGUAGCAUCAGUGGUUGUAUCGGCUUCUCGGCCAAAUGUUCUCAAGAUGAUAUCGGCAAGCUUUCUACCCUGGCUCCUGAGAUCUGCGAUGCUGCGACAUCAAACCCGGACCCGUCUGCCGUUGCGUCGGCGUCGAACAUUAUUACCUCAGCUAUUGGUCCUACCUCGACUCCCGAUGCCGGUGUUAGACCUGAAGUUGGAAUGGGAUUAAUUGGAGUUGCUGCUUUCGCGGCUUUGGCUCUUUAAACUUCUCCCUGGACUUCGUCAAACGAUAUUGGGAGGCAGUACUUUUUCUUAGGAUGGAUAGACCUUACGAUCUUUAAUGACUCGGUAUAGGGAUAGGUUAUUACAUCUUAGAUAAUAGACUGGUCGGAUGGAUUACAAUCUGCAAGGUUGGGGAUAAUUGGGGGUUUGGCAGCAUAUUCUCAAUUCUCAAGGGGGGCUUAAGGGUCCUGGUCUUAGCAUUAUGAAAGACAUUAGGGGUCUAAUAUGUAUUGCAUAUUAUUUUGGUGGUACUAGGGAUACCUUAGGCGUAUAUAUUUACACAUGCCCGAACCAUUCAUAGGUCGA